UUUUCUUGCAGAUGUUGUCAUCACUCGGGUUUGGUCAUCGCUGAUCGAUCAUCGUUACUAAAAAUUGGCUAAUAUUUUCCUAUUUACUUAAUUGUUAACAAAUAUCAUCUAAAAUUAUUAUAAGUUGUGAUAAAUCAUAAUAGUUUCAAGUCAACUUACUCAAAAGCUUUACAUUUUCCAAGGUUUUACGGUACCGAUGUUUAUGUGAUAAUAUUUAAAUCAUCAUUCCAUUUUGAACGUUAAGAAAUUUUAAAGUGUACAAGAUUUUUGAGGAAAAGAAGUAUCACUUGUAAAUUUACUAUUGGGCAGAACAGAAAUCAACUGUGUGGGCGGAGGAGAAUACGUUUUUAAUAAGCUGUCCAUGUCUUUGGUGACCCGUUAAUCAAAAUGAACAUGAUGAACUUGAACGUGAAUAUGGACACGGUGAUCAACAAGUUGAGGAACACGGUGACUACUGUGACCAGCACCGUUUCCCAGUUGUCGGUCGUCCUCCCAGGAAAUCCGGUCACGAGGGAGUACGAGGUCACGCAACAUAUCGCUAGUGGAGGGCCUGGAUUAUUGUGGAAGAUUUAUGCUGGUUACAAGAAAAGUACGAAACAAGAAGCGGCCAUAUUUGUCUUUGAGAAGAAGCAAUUGGACAAGUGGAGUCGAAAAGACAGGGAUAACAUGGUUGAUAUAUUGAAGAAAGGAGUUAACCAGCUGACGAGACUAAAACAUCCACGGGUUCUAACGGUUCAGCAUCCUUUAGAAGAGUCGAGAGAUAGUUUGGCAUUUGCGACGGAACCGGUAUUUGCCAGCUUGUCCAAUGUCUUGGGGGAGUACACCAACAUGCCUGAUGACGUAGGGGACGGGUCGAUUAGGAAAUAUAAAUUACAAGAAAUUGAAAUAAAAUAUGGACUUUUACAGAUUUGUGAAGGUAUCACAUUCCUAAAUAAUGAUGCAAAAAUUUUACACGGGAACCUUUGUCCCGAGUCGGUAAUCAUUACAAAACAAAAUUCGUGGAAAAUAUGUGGCCUAGAGUUUUGUAUAACUGCGGUAGUAUCUGGAGCAGAGAUUACUUGGCCUUCGAAAUCUUACGACAACGAUGCACAUCCUCUAACACAGCCUUGUUUGGAUUACCUCGCACCGGAAAUCACAACGUCAAUGUCGUGCUCUCCAGCCAGUGAUAUGUUUUCUAUUGGCAUGUUGACAUAUACAUCUUUCAACUCUGGAAAACCAAUGUUUGCAAAUAGAGGGGACUGGAACCGGCAUCGACAGAACAUUAUUGUGUACAAUCAAUUGCCUGAUUCGAAACUGACUGAAAUACCUCCAGAGUUAAAAAUAUUUGUUCGAAGACUGUUGAAUUUCAAUUCUGUGGAGAGGCCUGAUUCUCAUGAGUUUGCAAAGCUUGAAUAUUUUCAUGAUGAAGGAGUUAACACCCUCAGAUAUUUGGAUUCAUUGUUCCAAUGGGAUAACUUGCAAAAGAGUAAAUUUUAUAAAGGACUCUCUGAAAUAUUGCCCGGCCUACCCCAAAGAGUCCGACUGCUCAGAGUUAUUCCUUGUCUAUCACAAGAGUUUGUUAACCCUUCGAUGGUUCCGUUUGUCCUUCCAAACGUGCUAAAAAUAGCAGAGUGGUCGACAAAUGAAGAAUUUGUGGAUCAUGUUUUACCAUACUUAAGAGAUGUGAUGAAACUCAGAGAACCUGUUCAGGUGCUAUUUAUUUUUAUGAAAUACAUGGAAGUUCUACUUCAAAAAACGCCACCAGACAUAACGAAAUCGGACGUUCUCCCACUGCUUUACGGUUCUCUUGAGUCAGAUUCACCCCAAGUGCAAGAGCUGUGCUUAUCCAUUAUUCCAAGUUUUGCUGGGCUAAUUGAUUACCCGGCAAUGAAAAACUCGCUACUUCCUAGAAUUAAAAAAUUAGUGAUUUCAACUCCAAGUUUAUCGGUGCGUGUAAACUGUUUAGUCUGUCUCGGAAAAAUAUUGGACCACUUGGACAAAUGGAUGGUAAUCGACUACAUUCUUCCAUUUUUAACCGAAAUUCCAUCCAGGGAUCCUGCUGUAAUAAUGGGAAUCAUAGGAAUCUACAGACUGGCUGUGAACCAUCGGAAAUUAGGAGUGACAAAAGAAAUAAUAGCCACUAGAAUACUGCCCUUCAUAUUUCCUCUCAGUAUUGAAAACGGAUUGACCACCCAACAAUUCUCAACUAUUAUGAACUUUAUUUAUGAUAUGAUCAAAACAGUAGAAACCGAGCACAAAUCAAAGUUGGAGGAAUUAGGGGCCAUUGCGAAAGAACGAGAACAAAUGAAAGCAGAGAUGAGUAGCCAUCCCGUAUUCAAUAAUAACGUGGCAAACUCGUCCAACGACAUAUUUAACGACUUUAGUAUGGCCUCACCAGCUUUUAAUUCAACUGGGGAUACUGGCUCUUCUCCUAAAAAAGCUUCAAUGACGCAAUCUACAACGAUGCCUCUAAUUCCCUCUUCAAACACCAACUCCUCCUCCUCCUCGAUGAAUACACACACCAUGAAUACUGAUCGAAGGUCUUCGUCGGGGAUGCAGCCAGCAAGAAAUACUACAAAUUCCAGGAACGAUCUGAUGUCUUCCCUUCUCAGUUCUAAUUUAAGUCAAAUGGGUGGCGCACCUUCUACUCCCACUCAACCAGCAAUGAUGAUGCCAUUUUCGGCUUCGAUGCCCAUGGGUUUAAGUGGCGCAAACCGAGCCAAUGGUUCAGUUCCAGUCAUGAAUCGAAGUCCUACGAUUGGAUUGACUGGGAUGACACCUUCGUCGGGAACAUCUCAACAACAACCGAUGCAAAAUAUGAGCUUUCCCCAACAAACACGACACGCUACUCCCUCAACAUUCCCAACUAUUCCAGGUGGAAACUCGUCGUUUGGGGUCAUGCAGCCAACUUCAAGCUCUUUAAAUCCCGUCAAACCUAACGUAAAGUCAUUGUCAAAAAGGGAUAUUGACGAUUUACUGAGUUAAAUGUCACACUUAAAAAAAAUUAACAUCACAGACUCACAACACAAUACGUUUACUAAAUAAUUUCAUAUCAUGUCAAAUGCAUUGUAACUUUCAUUUUAAUUAAUCCCAAAUAAAGCAUUUAUCAAACACUUU